AGGUAGUAAACAGAAAACAAUCAUGCUCAUGCGACUUACUGAUACUGAUAUAUGGACAACAGCUGUAAAUCAGAUUUUGGACUUUUAAUAGGAGUUGAUUUACGACGUUUAUGGGUAUGAUUUACACUUUGGACGUCCUUGAUUCUUUUCAAAAGAAUCGGUAUUAUAACCUUAAUCAUAACCUCAAUCAUGAAUUUAUAGUGCAAUGUACUUUAAAAUACUAUUAUAUUAACAAAAAUUUGGUUUAACACAGUGAAUUGUAGUGUGUCACAUUACUUUAUGAACUGUGCAAAUUAUUAAAAUAUAUGUAUUUUGUGUCACGAACGCAUACAGUCUAUAUAGGCUAUAUUGUUUAAAUUAAUAUGUUAACUCAAUUUUAAAUACUCCAAAAUUGUACUACUACAGAUCAAUGAACUUAUAUUAGAGUUAUAACAACAAAUAUAUUCAUAAUGAAAAGAGCUUUAUGGUUAUCCCCUAUAAAGACAAAUUUUAGCUCAAAGUUAUUUCCAAGAGGAUGCAGUGUGAGUACCUGGUCACCUCUGGCCACAGCAUUUAACUCAAGACCUGGAAGGAAGUUAAAUUUGAAUUUAACAAAGGAUGGGACAGGACUAUUUGGAAUCCCACAACUUCAUAGUCAUGAAGGGUUUUAUUUACUCAAGGAGAAUGCUAUCGCUAAAGCUGAUGAGCUUGUUGAAGAGUCUUGUGACCCGAACAGGAGUCGCAAGAUGGUAUCAAUAUUUGACGAGUUGUCGGACUCAUUGUGUCGGGUGGCAGACUUGGCUGAGUUUAUCCGUAUCGCUCACCCACGAGGAGCUUUCUCCCACGCAGCUGAGAAUGCCUGUAUCACCAUCAGUGGAGUUGUCGAGAAAUUGAACACAAACAAAGAGCUGUAUCAGGCACUGCGGCACGUGGUGGAGAAGGGGGACAAGAUGGCAACAACAGAGAUAGACGAACACGUGGCUCGCCUGUUCAUGUUUGACUUCGAGCUGUGCGGGAUACACUUGCCUGAGCACCAACGUCAGGAGGUGGUGGCUCUCAACGAUUACAUCUUGCAGAUGGGACAGCGAUUCAUGUCAGGAGCUGUCAGUCCUCGGGCCGUCCCGUCUGAACUGGUGCCUAGAAAUAUCCGUGGCCUAUUCACAAUAGAGGGGGACAAGGUGCUGGUGAAUGGGCUGUACGCCGACUCACCGGACGAGAUUGCGCGAGAAGCAGCCUACAAGAUCUACCUGUACCCGGACCAACACCAGAACCAUUUACUGACCGAGAUGCUGCAGUCCCGACACAAACUGGCGUCCAUCUGUGAUUUCCCCACCUUUGCACACAGAGCUCUCAAGUCGAGUAUUGUGGAGGAACCAGAGGUAGUUGCGGAGUUUCUGGACACACUGACAGAACAGUUGAGACCCCGGGCAGAGGAGGAUUUCAAGAACAUGAGGAAGAUGAAACAGCAGACUGACCCUCAUGCCGGUCCUCUAGCAGCCUGGGACAUUCCGUACCUGACGAACCAAGCGAAAAGGCAGUGGCUCAAGGCCAACAGUAGCGAGUUCUCUCCGUACUUCUCGCUAGGAGGCUGUAUGGAAGGGCUGAACUCGCUGUUCCAACAGCUGUACGGUAUCACCCUCCACUCGGACGAGACGGAGUCAGGCGAACUGUGGUCCCCUGACGUGUACAAGGUGGCAGUUACGCACGAGACGGAAGGGUUGCUGGGACACAUCUACUGUGACUUCUACGAGAGAUCGAACAAACCCAACCAGGACUGUCACUUCACCAUCCAGGGCGGGCGGAGGCUGCCUGACGGGUCCUAUCAGGUCGGUCUCAGGCUUCCAUCUUCUGAUUAGUUAUUUAUAAACUUA